CGUCCGUCCUCCCUCCCAGCCUAUCCAUUCUCAGUCCCCCCCGGAGGAGGUGCUGCUCGCCAUGAUUCGCAACGCCCUCGCUUCUGCUGCCCGCCCCGUCCUCAAUGCCAGGACUGCCACCACUCUCUCUGCUGGUUUCCCCAAGGUCACCCAAAGACUGCCGACCAAGUAUGGCGGUGUCUACACUGUGACCCUCAUCCCUGGUGAUGGUAUUGGCAAUGAGAUCACGGACUCCGUCAAGGAGAUCUUCGAGUACGUCAACGCUCCCAUUGAGUGGGAACAGUACAACGUCUCCGGCAUGUCCUCCGAGGGCGAGGACCUCUUCAAGCAGGCUAUGGAGAGUUUGAGGCGCAACCGGGUCGGUCUCAAGGGUAUUCUCUUCACUCCUAUCUCACAAUCCGGCCACAUCUCGUGGAACGUUGCCAUGCGCCAACAGCUUGACAUUUACGCGUCAGUUGUUCUCUGCAAAUCGCUCCCGGGCUUCCCCACGCGCCACGACAACGUCGACUUCGCGAUUAUCCGUGAGAACACGGAGGGUGAGUACUCUGGCCUCGAGCACCAGAGUUACCCCGGGGUCGUCGAGAGCUUGAAGGUCUCCACGCGUGCGAAGGCUGAGCGCAUCAUCCGUUUCGCCUUCGACUUCGCGCUCAAGAACAAUCGUAAGAAAGUCACCUGCGUGCACAAGGCAAACAUCAUGAAGCUCGGUGAUGGUUUGUUCUUGAACACCUUCCGUCGCGUUGCCGAGGAGUACAAGACUACUGGCCUCCAGUUCAACGACAUGAUUGUGGACAACACCUCUAUGCAACUCGUUGCUCGCCCAACGCAGUUCGAUGUCAUGGUUAUGCCCAAUUUGUACGGUGCCAUCGUGUCCAACAUUGGCGCUGCGCUUGUCGGUGGUCCCGGCAUCGUCCCUGGCUGCAACGUUGGCAGGGAGUACGCACUGUUUGAGCCCGGAUGCCGUCAUGUUGCCAAGGACAUCAUGGGCACCAACCGUGCAAACCCUGCUGCUAUGAUCCUCAGCUCUACCAUGAUGCUCCGGCACCUCGGUCUCGACCACCUCGCGAACACCAUCGCGAGCGCGACCUUCGACGUCAUCAACGCCGGCAAGGUCCGCACCGCGGACAUGGGCGGUUCGGCGACUACUUCGGAGUUCACUGCCGCCGUCAUCAAAAAUAUCCAGUAGAGGACCUCGACGGGCUGGAUAUCGCGGACUAGGUCUAUGGACGGGGCCAAAGAAGCGGCAGCGUCGGGCCUGCAUUUCUUUUACUUCAUAAUGUAGAUGUAGUGUACAUGGUGGCCUAACGUAUUUACUCGCACCCUAGAGCGCUCCCUCUCCUCCAGUGGAUGUCAUGCUU